CCAUCUCCCUUCCCGUGACAAAUGACUUGAAUAAAGGUGACACUAAGGUGAUGAAGUGCAUUGUAGAGGUCAUCUCUGAUACUUUAUCGAAGCCAAACCCUCUGCCUAUCAGCGAGGAAUGCCUAGAAACACUCAGAGGAGAUGAACGAAUCAUUUCGAUCCUUCGCCACCAAAAUUUAUUGAAGGAACUUCAGGAAAUUGCUGCUCAAGGUGCCAGUGAGAGAACUCAGCAGCAGAAGAAAAACAGUGGCUUUGAAGAUGAACUUUCCGAAGUCCUUGAAAAUCAGAACAACAAGAACAAGCAGAGAGAUGCAGCAAGGGAGCACCCUGAAGAGGAGCAGCCCACAGGGUCCCUGGCUGAGCUGCCAGCACAGAAAAUCCAGCAAAAUGAAGAUUCGGAGGGAAAAAACAGCCUGGAGGAGAGGGAGUCCUGGCCACGGGAUGCCAACCCUGGCAAGAAGGAGGAUCAGGAGGAAGCAGAGAGCAACGAGAUCAGGGACACAGAGGAUGCUCAGCGAGAUGAAGCUUUCGACAACCACAUUAGCAAAGACUUCAGCGAGGAUGAGCAGCAGCAGCGAGAGGAUGAAGAGGAGAAGCCCGGAGGCUCCAGGGACAGCCUGGAGCUCAAGGACGAGCAAGAGCAGUCAUCCAGGCUGGGCCAGGAGCAGAGCAAGGAGGUGGCAGAGGAGCGUGUGGAGCGGGAGGAUGACGGAGGAGACGAUGCUGCAGAGGAGGACCCUACCGAAGCAGAGAGGUCACUUGACUUGGCUGAGGAGGAUGAGGAGGCUGAGGAGAUGCAGGGAGAUGAUAAUAAUGAUGAUGCUCUGGGAUUUGGCAAAGAUGGGCGGAGCUCUGAGGAGGAGGAGGAGGAAGAGCAGCCCCGGUCAUUGAGAGGAGGAAGGCAUCACCUGGAGGAUGCAGGGAUGCAGGGGGAGGAAGACACCUUCCAGCCCAGGGAUGCCAAAAGCGAGGAGAUGGAGGGAGAGUCCUCCAGGGAGUGGGAAGACUCCAAGAGGUGGAAUAAAAUGGAUGAGCUGGCCAAGCAGCUGACAUCAAAGAAGCGCAUGGAGGAAAACGAUAGUGAGGAAGACCCAGACAGGUCCAUGAAAAUGGCAUUUAGAUCCCGCAAGUAUGACUUCAGUAGUCCAGAGGAAGAUGUGAGAAGGUCAUGGAAGCAUCACUCGAAGGAGGACAGCAGUGAAGGAGGCUUCCCGCUUGGUCCCAUGCCCGAAGAAAAGAAGGAUGAGGAAGGCAGCGCUAACAGGAGAACAGAGGACCAGGAGCUGGAGAGCCUGGCUGCCAUCGAGGCUGAGCUGGAGCGCGUCGCUCACAAGCUGCACGAGCUGAGGCGAGGCUGA